AUGUUGUGCAGAUUCCAUCAUCUGCUGUUGACGGAGAGAGACAUCGAGGAUGUCGCUACUGCUGAAGAGCGCCCUGCUGCUGGCGAUCCGCCUCCGAUGAAUCAAACCUUUGAUGAAGCUGCUGCUGAUCUGUGGACAUCUCCUGAUGCUCGUGAUGCUGCCGGCGCUACUUGUACGCCGCUCAUCAUUGCCGGUGCAACUGAUGAUCUACGAGUCGUUGAUAUCGCUGCUGCGGCUGCUACACCAGCGAACGUGGGAGAAAAUCCAAUUUUAAUACCUACACCUGCUGUCCAAUUUUAA